CACCGCCCUUUGCCGUGCAGGGCCAUCAAAGUCCCGAAGUCCAGCUUUCUCGUCUGCGUACCGAGUACACCAGGGCAGCCCUCUUCCAUCUGGGAUUCCACAAGUUAGGUCCAACCGUUCCCAACUUCGUCCAUUCUUUCCUUCUCGCUCGUUACUUUCUUUUCUGUUUGUGUGUGUUGAUGUGAUUUCGAUACUUCCACAAUCCUAUCCCAACGGCCACCGGCGCGGAGAGGCCAUUGACCUCGACAGUACCUCGUCGAUUUCGCUCAUUCCGGUUCACGAUGCGUCGGUCCCUCGCUCUCUUCCUCGGCCUCGCCGCGCUGGGAUUUGCCCAGGAGGGUGGUACUGCCACGACUUCGACCGACUCAUCGACGACUACCCCUACGGAUUCAGUCACUACUGCCCCCGCUACCACAUCUUCAAAUCCAAGUUCCAGCGCAGGUUCGAGUAGCUCGACAAAUGCCACGAGCACGACGCAAGGCCCCAUAACACAUACGGUUGCAGUGGCUUUGGGAGGGUUUACGUUCGUUCCCGACGUAACUCUGGCCGAAGUUGGCGACACGAUCUUGUUCCAAUUCUACCCAACAAACCACUCCGUCAUUCGCGCUGAAUAUGGUUAUCCUUGCAUUCCAUACGAGGACACGGGCGUCGACAAGGUCGGAUUCUUCUCGGGCUUUUAUCCUGUCGACGCAAUAUUGCCCGACCCGCCUCAAUGGUCGAUUCUGGUCAAUGACACAAACCCCAUCUUUUACUACUGCGGCGCCCCAGGAUCGUGUAUAUCUCAUCAGAUGGUUGGGGUCAUCAAUCCCAAUGCUACGACAUCCCUGCAACACCAAAAAGACCUGGCAUCGGAAUCACAGUUCAUGUUACUACCAGGUCAACCUUGGCCCGACGAGAGCGAGGAUCCUUUCACCACGUCGUCCCCAGCUCCCAGUGCGUCGCCGACUGCUUCUUCCACCGGGUCGGCAUCCGCCAGUGCAACCAGCGCCAGUGAAAAGUCAUCCUCCAGCUCAAGCCUCUCUGGCGGUGCAAUCGCGGGUAUUGCAAUUGGAGCCUCUGCCGUUGCUCUCGCGGCAGCUGUCGCCCUCUAUCUCUGUGGCCGUCAAUCUCGCGCUCGCGGGUCCAACAUCAAACACAUCGACGACCGCCCCAACACGGGCCACGCUACUCAGGUUUCCUACAACCCACAAGCGCCGCAUAGCCACCUAUCUUACAUGACCGAUCCGACCAAGCAUAUGUCCAUGCACAGCAGCGUCGUGGGCAUGGCACCCUCACCAGCCCUGCCGGGAUACGUGCCUUCACAUGAUCCUAACAUGUCACCCCCUCUGCAUCCCGCGUAUCCGAUGCCAAUGAGCGACUCUCUGAGUCCCAGUCCGAUGGCGCCAGGAAGUGAUUUCGCCUUACCACACAGUCCGAGCCCGAGUCAGAUGUACGCAGUCCCAGCGUAUAGCAGCGGUGUUCCGCAUAGCACGAACGGAACCCCUGUCCACUCCAUGAUAUACAGCGCCCCGCCACCGCCGCAUGUCCAUGAGAUGGCGGCUUCGGAGCCUCUGCCCCAUCCCCAGUCACCACAGUCCCAGGGGGAUGGGAUUAUGGGCUUCAUUCGGAGGUCAAGCGUUAGUAAAGCCGGGGGCGUAGAACGGUACGGGUGAAGAGCCACAACGUCGCCAUCUUCCGCUUACCGUAGGUGCUGGGGCUGGCGAUUGAACCGGACAAAGAGAAAAAAAUGUAGGCUAUUUAGCAAUGUAUUCUGGGUGGAAAUCUACUGUUGGGUAAUUAUGGCGCAUCGAUUUUUGACGGAUAUCUGUGUCAGAUCAAAGCAUGAGGAGAUGAAUGUCUAAAGGGCAGUUCCUAGAGGCGAGCUAGGCGUAUUUUCCGAAGGGGUGCAAACAGGCUUGGGACGAAAAUCAAAAACCUGAGAUUAAUACGAAGCAUCAAUGGCCACAUUGGUUCGGGCCACAUUGGCUUGACACAGAUCUAAUUUCAUAGAUUCCUGUUGACGUGUAACCGAUGGCGACCGACAAUCCAAC